AUGGCAGAGGCAAUUUUGCUCCAGCAAGAGCAUACAAGUGAAAAAUUGAUGGAAGAAGCCUUGCAUAUUCAUAGAAUCAUUCCACAGAGAAGUAUUGAUGAGAUAUACUCAUCACUUGAAACUUUCUGUGAUGAUCCAAAGAGGGUAAAGAAAGUUGUGCUCAAGUUUUUGGGUCAUGUAAAGGAAGACAGUGCCACUGCUGAUGAUGCCAUUGAAGAGUUAUCUAAGAGACCUAAGGAAAGAAACUAUGAUGAUGAGCAUAAUCAACCAUCUACAUCAGGGAUACCAUCUGAAAUUCCUGUUACGAGUGAUGCAAAUGGAGACAAUGGGACUAAGCCUCUGACAACUAGAGAUAUAACUGUGGAUGUUGAUGUGUCAGCACAUAGUGAUUCUCUUCCUGCUGAAAGUGACAAAUGUGUCAUAGCAGAUGAAGCAUCAACUUCUUUUUCAGAUCCUACAGUUCCAGGACGUGCUGGAAAUGGAAAUCAUAAUAACAUGUUUGACAGGGUCCUUCAAGCUGACUUAACACUGCCUGAUGUUAAUGGGGUGGAUGGUGAAAGUAAACAAGCAUAUUACAAUACUCUCAUGAAAAUUUUUCCUGAUGCUCAAAAGGAUUUUGUGAAAGGCAUAUGUGAUAAAUGUUCACAAGAUGCCAACUGGUUAAGUAAUGCUACAUCAAAUUUAUUGGAAAAUGGUUACCCAAGAGCUGCAGAUAACAGUGAACAGGAAGUGGAGCUAGUAGCAAACCAGGAACUUUCUGGAAGAAUAGACAAAAAUGAUUGUAAUCUGCUUACUAUAACUGCAGAUAACAGUGAACAGGAAGUGGAGCUAGCAGCAAACCAGAAACUCUCUGGAAGAACAGAAGAAAAUUAUUGUAAUCUGCUUGCUAUAUUUCCAAAUGCUGAUCCAACUUAUAUAAGAGAGACCUGUGAACAGAUUGCAGAUGACGAAGAUGCAAUGAAAAAAUUUGUUAAUGACACUUUAGAAAGUGGCAAGUACCCAACACUAGCAGAGUAUGAGGAACAAAUGAAAGUAGUGGAAAUUAGAGAGAAAUACCUAAAAAAUUUCAAAAUUGAAGAGUUUCUGGAAAUUUUUCCUGAUCCUUUUAAGUACUUUUUUGAAGAAAAAAAGAAUGACAAAACCAAUUCUGAGUUAAGUUUAAAUUAUCUGAAAUCCCAUUAUAAGGAAACAUGUACAGCAGUUUUGCAAGAAUGUUUGAUGAAAAAUGAAUACAGUCUCACUAAAUCGUGUGCAGAGUUAGAUAAGUGCCAAAAUUUUACAAAAUCAUCGCAUGGUGAACAUGAAAUACAGUACAGUGAAAAUGAUGUGAAGGAUAUUUCAUUUAUGCAGGAGAAUGUACAGGGCUUGAGCAAGAAAUAUGAACAAUUAGACGUGUUUGUAAAUGAAACUAUGCCUGAUGUGCUUGGUAUUAGUGAACACUGGCUAUCGGAUGCCAAAUUAGAACUUUUUAAACCUCUAAACAUGGUACUAGCUAAUAAGUUUUGCAGAUCUACUAUCAGAGGUGGGGUGUAUCAAUAUCAGGAAUGUUUUAAUCUUCUUUCUCCGUUUCCCGUGGCUUUUAUUGAAAACAGACAAGAUAUAGAAACUUAUCUUAAUGAAAAGGAACUGAAGAGAGUUGAAUCACUUAGAAAGGCUAAGGAAAAUAAUGAAUUGCUGGAGUGUGGUUGUUGCUACGAUAAUGAAGUUUUAGCAGAGGACGUUGUCACCUGUGCUGAAGGUGAUAUAUUUUGCAAAACCUGCUUGCAGAAAUAUGCUGAAAACCAAAUUGGAGAUGGAAAAACUGUCUUCACAUGUUUAAGUAAUUGCACAGCAGAAUUCAGUCUCAAGAUGUUGCAGCGUGUUCUCAAACCUUCAGUUUUUUCAAAAAUGUUACAAAGGAAGCAAAUGGAAGAGAUUAAAUCAGCAGCCAUUCGUGGCUUAGAAGUAUGCCCAUUCUGUGAUUUUGCUUCCAUUCCUCCAGAAGAAGAUAAAGUAUUUUGCUGUCUCAAUCCAGAAUGCAUGAAAGAAUCUUGCAGAAAAUGUAAAGAACUUAAUCAUAUACCUCUGCGCUGCGAAGAAGUUGAGAAACCAGAAGAAGUGAAGAUAAGAACUUACAUAGAAGAUAGAAUGACAGAGGCUUUGAUAAGAACAUGUUGGAGAUGUGGAAAAAAUUUUAUCAAAAUUGAUGGUUGCAAUAAAAUGACAUGCACCUGUGGGGCUCUAAUGUGCUACAUUUGUCGCAAACCUGUAAAUGGUUAUGAUCAUUUUAAUGAAGAAGGUGGUACAAAUUAUCAUAAGUGUCCACUGUUCAGUAAAAAUGACGACCUGCAUGUCAAAGCUGUUGAAGAAGCCGCAACAAAGGCUAGAAAUGAGACUCUAGCUAAGAAUCCCAAUAUUCAACUGAAACAUGAUCCAACACUCAUACUUCCAGAACGGACUCAAGAAGAUGUUCCUGGUCAACCUAAUGUUCAUUUUAUGUAGUGUGAUGAAAGAUAAUGAAAGAUUUGCUCCACCAGCUCAUCUGAUAUUCUGCUCGCCAGAUUUUCUUCAUUUACAACUUCUACCAGGUGGUAUAGAAGAGCUGAAUAAGCUUGGAUAAUGUGUCAAGUCAGUAGCUCCAGGACUCGACAAAUGGCCAGAAGUGUAAGGAAAUUAGGACUGGCCUGCGGCAAUGUGUCAGUAUGCGAGGGCUGGGAUGGCAGGACAUGGCAGAGGCAGCACCAGCAGCAGAGGUGCAUGCAAUGGCAGCAGCAGUGGCAGAGGCAGAGGCAGUGGUGGAGCAGAAGCGACAGCUCACCUUGAACAGGCCAGGGUGGCAGCACUGGGAUGAAGGUAAUGAGCUAGAGCUGCAGCAAGGGCAUGAAGACAAUAGGUCAGAGCAGAAGCAGUGGUACAGAGCCAGCAAACCAUGGGGUCAGCAUGAGAUUAGCAGGCUGGGCCAGCAGCUGCCACUGACAGAGGAUCAGCCUGCAGGUCAGCAGAAAGACUCACUAAUGGAUUGUCCAGUGACUGUUGCCCACUGGUUAGAUUGAAUUCCACACCAACUGGAAAUACCAGUGGCUCAGGAUCAACAGAGACUGCAAGAACCUUUGCCACAGUAGAGAAGGCAAAGUGUCUUUUUAAAGACUCAUGUAUGAAAUAAUUUGAAAAAAAUUGUGCCAAUAACAUAUUAAGUUUUCAUCACGUAGUGUUACUGAUCAGGAUCCUAUCUUUUGGGCAUCUGUGUCUCACUGUAAGUUAUAUGUGUUAAGACUAUCUGGAAUAAAGUUAUGUAAAUGAA